UCUUCCUCUUCGCCCUUUUUUUCUUCCCUCAGUACUACGCAGAGCUCACGCGUUCGGCGCUCUCUCUCGGCCUGAACCAUCCAACCUACCUCAGCGGCGCGUGGCUACAAUCGCCGCCGUGUUCUUCGGUAAAGUCUGUUCCUUUUUUUCCGGCUUCGAUCUCUACUCGUCUUAGAAAUGAGUCUUAGGUCCGGUUCGAGGUCUUCCAAGGGAAAGAACAUUUCCGAGGGUUCCAACCCAGAUGUGGACCAGUUGUCUCACGGUGUAGCCGGGACAAAGUUGGUCCCUUCGCAAGAUGAUGGUGGUGAAUGGGAGGUCAUUGGGAAGAAGAACAAAAACAAAUCUGGAAACACUGGUGGGAAAUCUUGGGCUCCUCAAAGUUCGAACUCUAGGACUUGGGGUAACCCAGGAAGGGGAAGUAGUGGUAAUGUACCGAGGGGUAAUGCCAAUGCCUGGGGCGUACAAGCCACUGAUCCGAGGGUUUCUGCUGGUCGAGGGAAUCCUCGUAACCAAAACAUGAACAGGGGUUAUGACAACAGCUAUGGGGCUCCGCAACCCGCAAUUCGGCCUCCUCUGGAGAAAGGUUGGAAUUGGCAGUCAAGACCGGGGGCUGCUUUGUUCAGAGAGACUCAGCAGGAGCAGGAAAAGAGAGAGGCUGAUGAACCAGAAAAUUUUGGUGGCACUGAUGAAGAGGAUGAUUAUGGGUCUGACGCUCUGGAUGAUUCCGAUGAAGAUCUCCUGAGUGAUGACUAUGAUUCAGAUGAUAGUCAAAAGAGCCAUGGAACACGGAAGAAGAACAAAUGGUUCAAAAAGUUUUUCGAGAGCUUAGAUAGCUUGUCUAUCGAGCAGAUUAACGAACCUCAGAGACAAUGGCACUGUCCAGCAUGCCAGAACGGCCCUGGUUCUAUCGACUGGUAUUGCCUUCAGCCCCUUAUAACCCAUGCAAGAACAAAGGGAGCUAGGCGAGUUAAGCUGCAUAGGGAAUUGGCAGAAAUCUUAGACGAGGAGCUGCGGAGGAGGGGAGCUUCAGUCAUCCCAGCUGGUGAAGUUUACGGCCAGUGGAAGGGAUUGGGAGAAGAGGAAAAGGAUCAUGAAAUAGUGUGGCCUCCGAUGGUCAUGAUAAUGAAUACUAGACUUGACAAAGAUGAUAACGAUAAGUGGGUUGGCAUGGGAAACGCAGAGCUACUCGAGUAUUUCAGCAAUUAUCCUGCUAAUAGGGCACGACAUUCAUACGGUCCACAAGGCCAUCGGGGCAUGAGUGUUCUCAUAUUCGAGGGCAGUGCCACUGGGUACCUCGAGGCUGAGCGCCUUGCCAGGGAUCUAGCUGAACAAGGCCUGGAUAGAAAUGCCUGGGACCGUAGACGUAAUUUGCUUUAUGCUGGCAAACGACAGUUAUAUGGGUUCCUGGCUUCAAAGGAAGAUCUAGAUAUCUUCAAUCAGCAUUCACAAGGCAAAACGGCGCUGAAAUUCGAGAUGAGAUCGUACAGGGAGAUGGUGGUGAAGGAGCUGAGGCAAAUAUCUGAGGACAAUCAGCAGCUGAACUGGCUUAAGAACAAGCUCACUAGACAGAGCAAUCAUGCAAAGGUGCUGGAGGAAUCUCUUGAAAUAAUGAGUGCGAAGCUGCGGAAAACAACAGAGGAGAAUCGGAUUGUGAGGCAGAGAACGAAGAUGCAGCACGAGCAGAACAGGCAAGAGAUGGAUUCACAAGACAAGUUCUUCAAAGAGCAAAUCCAAAUGAUACAUGAAGCAAGAGACGAACAAGAGGAGAACUUUGAGAUGCUGCAGCAGCAGGAACGUGCCAAGGUCAAGGAGCAGAAUGCUAAUUCUUCGAGCAACGAUGAUUAUCGAAGAAGGGCGGAGGAGAUAUCGAGUUUCAUAGAGUUCCAAGAGAAAGAGAUGGAUGAGUUCGUGAGGGAGAGGGAGAAGCUGAUAGAAGAGCACGAGAAGAAGAUGGCCGAGAUGAGGCAGAGGCAUUACGAGGAAGAGCUCGAACUCGAGAGAGAGUUCGAUGACUCUCUUAAUCUCUUGAUGGAUAAGUACUCCCCUCACUCCCCUUGAUGAGAUUGGCCAGCCAAUAAAACACAAGAGUUAAAAAAAAGGUUACAUGUUUUUUACUUGAGAAACAUGAACUCUUUCUGGUCCGAAUUUGAGCUGCUUUUUUUUUGGGGGGAGCGUUCUGAGAGAGAGUUUCUUCUGGUCUUAAUCUCUCCAUGUUGAUGAUGGAUGACGACCCGCUUUUCUCUUUGGGGGCUGUAACGAUCAUGACAUGAUCGACAGUUUUCUUGAUUCAUUAACUUGCAGUCAUGUCCUUUAUAAUAAAUAUUGAACUUGAUACA